AUGCUCUCUACGCCCUUCCUCUCCAUUCUUGCAGCCAUUGCUACCGUCGUUCACGCAGCCAACCACGACGUCAAUGUGGGCGUAGAUGGUUUGCAGUUCACGCCGCCAAGUAUUUCAAAUGCUGUGAAAGGAGAUACGAUUACGUUUCGCUUCAGCGGACUGCACUCUGCUUCCGAAUCUACCCUAACCAGUCCAUGCACCCACAAGAGCAGUGGCUUCGAUUCUGGACAAUUGUCUAGUGGGACGUACAAGAUCACCCUCAACUCGACGGACCCUGUCUGGGUAUAUUGUAGCGUAGGCGCGCACUGUCGCGCUGGAAUGGUCUUUGCGGUGAAUCCUGGUUCUAACUUGGCGGCAUUCCAAGCUGCAGCCCAAGGACAGACGGUCUCUUCAAGUACCGGUACGACGUCGACGUCGACCAUAAGUAGACCUCCGACAAACACUACAUCUUCGUCUGCCACCAUUAGUACAUCUCCGCAUACAAGUACCUCGACCACGCCGAGACCUUCGACGGCUUCGACAAUUACGAGCUUGAGCACUUCAACUCCUGGCGCUGCGUCACGGUCAAUGUCGCCAUCAAAUGCGCUCUGGGUGUUGGCUGGUGCUGUCCUCGGCGCAGUGGGCAUCUGA